AUGCUUUUUAAGGAUUAUGAUUUUCUUUGGGAACCGUAUAGGGCAGUACGCGAUAUUGAAGAGCUUCAAAAGGCUUUUCGUGCUUCUACAAAACAAAUUGCUGAAGAAGACAAGUUUUCUCCUGAAUGUCGUUUUGCUGUUCGUCGAUUGCUCUAUGCCUGUGUGGGUGAAAAGACAUUAAUGGAUGCCUUGGAUGGACUUAUUUUGCCACCCCCUUAUCGUUUGGAGGAUAUGCAUAAUGUUAAACUAACACGACGAGAUUUGGAGGAAGCGAUGAAUGUCAUUCCGUUUGAACUUGAUCCUGUUAUUGUACUUUUCCCCUUUAAUCUUGCUAUUAGCACUGGUGUUUAUGAUGCCCGUUUACGGGCUGCAGUUCGUAGACUAUGUUGGUUAUUCGCUAUUCCCUUUACUCUUGUUGAGGCUCGAGAAUAUGAACUUAUGGAUGAAGUAUCAUCAACAAUGUCAGAUACUAAUAAUGAGGAGACACUUCGUCAAAAACAACAAGAAAUUCAGUCUCGUAGAGAAGAAAAGAAAGUAAGUAAGGGUCGAAUAGCUGCGGUAGGGGCCUUUGCUGCCAUUGGUGGUGCUGCUUUGAUCGUUACAGGUGGUUUAGUAGCUCCACUGGUGGUUCCUGCAGUUUCUGCUCUUGUGACUGCAGCAGCGACAACAGUUGGUGUUAUUGGUUCUAUUGGUGGUGCUAUUUUUGGAGGAACAGCAAUCGCAACUAUUCUUAGUGGUUUAGUUGGUGUGGCAACACACGCGGCUGCUCUUGUUCUUUUGGUAACUCCAGUGCUCACCGUAACGAACAUAACGGCUAUAUUUGGUAUUGGUGGAGCCAGUUUAGCUGGUUAUAAGGCGUUUCGCCGAACUGCAGAAUCUGAUGUGUUUAUGAUUCGCUCCAUUUCAGAAAUUGAGGAACUUCCACCACUCGCACCCAGUGAUGAGGCUUUACGUACGGUCCUAAGUGAUGGUCAGCAAACCCAAUGGAAAAGCGUUACGCAAAGAGCUGAAGUAGCGGAAAAGGAAAAACAUGACUUAUGGACAGAUAUUGACGAAAUAUUAGAAGAAGUGGCUAGAGGUGGUAUUGUUGUGCCAGCCCACACUCGUGCUGUAACGAUGCAAAAUGUAGCAUCUAAUGAACAUUUUCAACAACGAAUGCGUUGUCUCAUAUUUGCUAUUCAAUGUUCCCUGCGUAACUACCGACUGGAGUUAAAAGCGGUAAAGUUAACAUCCGGAACUUGGGGUCUUGUUCCUCCUAAAGUCAUACCAGACGGAAGUGCAGGUGUAUUUGCAUGUUUAAACCGAUUUGCACGCCCUACUGGUGCAGGAUGUGCUAUUUGUUAUCAUGUUUUACCUGUGUUAACACCUACAGAUCCAGUGUUACGCUUAUGGGUAUUAACAGAACUAUCUUUAAUGGGUAAUUUAUCUAUUGCUGUUUCUGUUACAGAAGCUAGUGAAACAUUCCAACCAGAUGUGAUGUUAAAACAACUUCGAAAAGAUAUGUUUGAAUCAGAUGAAAUGAUAACUACUAAAUAUUUUCUUAUACAAUGUCAUUUUUCACCAUUACCAUUUGUUAUGAUAUCAGAUUUGAUUAAUAAAGUUGAUAAUAGUACAGGUAAGGUGAUAGCAUCAUCCCCUCUUUCUUUAUUCCCUGAGAAAGAGUUACAACAACGAACUAUAGAAACUAUGAAAAGAGUACAAAAACGUCGACGAAUAGGUGUAUCUAUAGUAAAUAAAUCUAGACACCUUGUCCGUAUACUUAAAUGUCAACUUUUAAAUGGUAUAUUAAGUUCAGAAACGCCUAAUGUUAUUUCUGAUAUUGGUUCUAAACAAGCAUUACUUGCUGUUUUCACAAAUUCUGAAAUGAGUUUAGCGGGAGCAGAAGGUUUUUUUAUAAUUGAAGUUAUUCACACCAGUGAUAGUGAAACUGUACAAGUUAUUCAUGAUCGUUUUUACAUCAAAUUUCAAUUUGAAGUAAGUGCCAUGAAUAAUAUAAGUGUAGCUUGUAUUGGUGAACCUUCUUUACGAAAUCUUUUGAAAUAUGAAAUGACUUUGAAUCAAGUUUCAAAUAGUGAUCCUAUUCCUAUUCUUAUGUCUGAAUCAUUUAUAUGGGUGGACCUUAUUGUUAAUAAAGAAAAUUUUUUAGUUGAGUUGCGUUUAGAAGAUUUUGUUGAACGUGUUAUGCGAACGGAAGUAAAGAAAUAUCCUUCUAUUACAAUAGCUAUUGGUGGUUUUGUUUCAGUUUUUGAUGAACGUAGACCACAACAAGAUCAACAAGUAGCACUUUGGGCUCCAAUCUUGCCUGGUGCUCAUUUGUUUGGGGAAACGGAAUCCUAUGUAGUUCAUUGGGAAGAUGAAUAUCAAAUGAAAUUUGGACGUACCAUUGGGGCAAGUGCUUCUUCAGCAAUUAUGAAUAAGGUUGGAAAACAUGUUCUUUCUACCGCAAAGAGUGUAGCAAAACAUCAUUUAUUACAAGGAGCCAUUUUUAUGGGAAUCCGUGCUUUUGAUGCAUUAAAGGGAACUUUAACUUUGCCAAUGUAUGCUGUUUGGGCUACAGGUGCAAUUGAUAAUGCUUUCGCUACUCUAUCCAAUCGUUCCUCUUAUACCGGAAAAGAUUUAGCAUCAGCUUUACUAGAUCCACAAAAGGGUAAUCGUCCUGUAUCACUUAUUGGUUUUAGUUUUGGGUCUCGAGUUAUUGUGGAAUGUUUAGAGGAGUUAUAUCGUGUAAAAGCUUUUGGAAUUGUUGAAAAUGUAUUUAUGAUGGGUUCUACAGUAACAUCUUCUCGACAAUUAUGGGGGGAACUUCGUCAAAUUGUAGCUGGUCGUUUAGUAAAUAUCUAUUCUCGUGGAGAUUGGAUGCUUUGGCUUAUGUACAAAGCAAAUGAAGCAGCACUUAAGCCAAUGGCAGGUAUUAACCCAGUAAAUGUUCCUGGUGUAGAAAAUUUAGAUAUAACCUAUCUUGUUGAUAAUCAUGCGGAUUACGCUUUUCGACUAAAAGAGAUUGUAGAAGCUAUUCCUGAUCGUCCUACAAAACAAAUGUAUGAAAGAUCACCAGGAAGCCCUGGAGCUUUAGUAGCUCUUGAUGCUGUACGAUCUGUUUCACUACGUAUGAGUUCUUCUAUGAAUAGUUCUUUUUCAUUAGUUACUACACCAUGUGCAACACUGGCUAUUACAAAUCGUCUGGCUUCUGAUGAAAAAAGUCUUAAUACAGAUUUACGUUAUCUGGUAAGUGUAGUUCAGUGUGGAUAUUUUGAUUUUGAAUCCCCAGAGUUAAUUCCAUCUUCACGUUGUGCUGUCUCUGGUGUAGUUGGUGAGGGAAAUGAUCCAGUCUGUGGAUUACUCUCAUAUGUAUUAUCUCUUGAACCUCCUGUUGCUGCUACUGCUAGUGGUGCUAGUGGUGCUGUAGAUUUAUUAUUUAUUAUAUUCUUUUAUGCAACAGCUGCGGGAAGUGGAGAACUUGCUGCUACUGCCGAUAUACGUGUAUUGGAACGAACACUUGGAGAUGGUGAGAAUGAUACCGAGCGUCAACUGCGUUUGGAGGAAAUGUGUCGAAAAGAGGCAGAAGAUCCUCUUAGAAUAUUAGUAAAAUGUGGUAGUGCUGAAGAUAUACGCCAGAGAAAACCAUUAACUCAAACUAUUAUUGUAAAUCUUGAGAAUGUAUUUGGUGAUGGCACUAAAGAGGCUGUUUUCCAUAUUACCACAGAACUAAUAGGUGAUACAAACUUCGUGAUGGAUGUAGUUUCACUGUUGACAUAUUCUUCAACAUAUCAACAGCGUAAUGAAUUUACGUCAAUUUUGUUUGAUAUCCAUUACCAAAACGUAAGAGGGGAAUUGGAAACUGCGAAACCUACUCCACUAGAAAUGAUGGGUCGUGCAAUGAAAGAUUUUACCGAAAAAUUUGCCUUUAUGUUUAAUAAUGAUAAACAAAAAACAUCUUUCCUUCAGCCAAUUGUAAUAGCCAAUUGUGGUGAAUCUACUCUCUUUUAUUCUUAUGGUGGUGUAAGUGGUAAUUCUAAACCUUCAGAAGGUGUACCUCUCGAAUGGAUUAGAUUUCCUUCACCAGAACUUUCUCCACAGAGUUGCUUUAUCGUGGCAGUACAAUAUUAUCAUUCUCCUCAUUCUUUAUUAGAGGAAGGAAACAAUACAGUAUUAGACAGUUUUGAUUUUGAUUGCGAUGGAGGUCGUUGUUGUGUGCAAUUACUUUCCUCAGCUGAUAGAGGUGUUGAGGUUGCAUCUCACUUUGAAGCUGAUCCUUCAAUGGAGAGUAGUAGUAAUGUCUCCGUAACUCGUGUGGAGGUAAAUGGUGUCUCUUUUAUACUAGUGUCUAUCACAUGGAAGCCUAGAAGGGAUGAUAAUGAAGAUAGUUUACAGCCAUCAUCAAAUUCUAGCAAAGAUGGUUGGAUUAUCAUUUCAUGA